GAAACAGUUUGUCGGUGUGUGUGUGUCUGUGUGUGUGUGUGUGUUUCUCUUUAGUACAGAACCACAGACAGAUUAUCAGAUCCACCUUCAGACUGAACUAACAACAUCUUCUGAGUGAGUUCAUCUACAGGAGAGAGGAGGAAACUACAACACUGCAGAAGCUCAACACAAUGAAGCGUCACUUGGAGGAUACAAUAGUUUUCAGGUUAGAGGAGGAUCUCUGCUGUCCGGUGUGUCAAGAUGUCUUCAGAGAGCCUGUUAUCCUGUCAUGUAGCCACAGCUUCUGUAAAGACUGUCUGCAGAGCUGCUGGACAGAGAGAAAAACACGUGAAUGUCCAGUUUGUAGGAAAAGAUCUUCAAAGGACCUUCCUGCUGUAAACCUGGCGUUAAAGAACCUGUGUGAGACCUUCUUACAGGACAGAGAUCAGAGAGCUUCAGAGGAUCUCUGCAGUCGGCACUCUGAGAAACUCAAACUCUUCUGUCUGGACCAUCAGCAGCCGGUGUGUCUCGUCUGCAGAGACUCGGACCAACACACCAACCACAGAUUCAGACCCAUCGAUGAAGCUGCACGACAACACAAGAAGAAACUUCAGGAAACUCUGGAGCCUUUAAAGAAGAAGUUAAAGGUUUUGGAAGAAGUUAAAGUGAAGUUUGAUCAGACAGCAGAACACAUGAAGGUCCAGGCCCGACACACAAAGAGGCAGAUCAAGGAUCAGUUUAAGAAGCUGCACCAGUUUCUAGCAGAGGAAGAGGAGGCCAGGAUGGCUGCACUGAGGGAGGAAGAGGAGCAGAAGAGUCAGAUGAUGAAGGAGAAGAUGGAGGCUCUGAGCAGAGAGAUAGCAGCUCUUUCACACACAGUCAGAGCCACAGAGGAGCAGCUGAGAGCUGAAGACGUCUCAUUCCUGCACAACUACAAGGCUGCAGUGGAAAGAGUCCAGCAGCGCCCCCUGCUGGAGGAUCCACAGCUGCCCUCAGGAGCUCUGAUAGACCAGGCCAAACACCUGGGCAACCUGAGCUUCAACAUCUGGAACAAGAUGAAGGACAUGGUCUCCUACACUCCUGUGGUUCUGGACCCAAACACUGCUUAUCCAGAACUCAUCCUGUCUGAAGAUCUGAGCAGUGUGAGAGGAGGAGAGAGACAGAAGCUUCCUGAUAAUCCAGAGAGGUUUGAUGAUUUCUGGUCUGUCCUGGGAUCUGAGGGCUUUAACUCGGGGACUCACAGCUGGGACGUCGAGGUUGGAGACAGUAGAGUCUGGAGAGUGGGUGUGUUAGCAGAGUCUGCUCAGAGGAAGGGAGACACACUGUCUGGAAUAUGGAGAAUAAAGUUAAUUAACGGUAAAUACUCUGUGCUGUCACUACCAGCUCCAUCUGCUGAUCUCGUCUUGCAGAAGAAGCUCCAGAGGAUCAGAGUGAAUCUGGACUGGACCAGAGGAGAGCUGUCGUUCUCUGAUCCUGAUAAUAACACACACCUGCACACCAUCACACACACUUUCACUGAGAGGAUGUUUCCAUACAUAGACACUGAGGAUAAACUCCCAUUGAAAAUAUCACCCCUGAAGGUGUGUGUGUCAGUGGAACAGAGCAGUUAAAGAAGUACUUCAUCUCUGGAAAGACAGCCCUUAAAUAAAUCAUGAUCCAAUCAUCUGCCCCCUCAGGUGGCUGUCAGUUUGUGCACUACCUGAUUUUACUAAGGCUAGCUGCCUAAAAGAGAUAAAAAGAAUAAUUAAUUUGGACCUGACAAACAUUUUAAAUCAUUUAAAUAAUUUAUUUAGAGUUUUAAUAAUGUUUUUAAGGGAAAGAGGGACUUUUAUUCUGUACCGUUGUACGAGCUCUGUAGAUGUUUUAUUUCUAAAAUAAUUUGAUGACAUAAAAAUGUUGUUAACAUUUUUACAAGACAUAAUAACUGCAUGUUUCUUUGUUCAUAUCCAAAUGCUUUACUUCAAAUUU